AUGUCAUCUUCCUCUGUCGUGCUCCAGGGGGGUUGUUGCUGCAAAAAGAUACGCUACACAUCCACGACGCUCCCAAAGUCCAUGUCCAACUGCUUCUGCAUCACUUGCCGCAAAAUAUCAGGGGCACCGUAUGCCACGUUUUCAAGGUUCCCUCGAAGCUCGAUAACAUGGUUGAACGAACUGCCCAAAUACUUCCGGUCUUCUAACUUUGCUAAAAGAGGGUAUUGUGGUGAUUGCGGCUCGACUUUGACGUAUGAAAUGGAUGAGAGGCCGGAUAGCAUCUCCCUGUGUCCUGGUUCCUUUGAUGACUGGGAUGUUAAAGGGGAGCUUAUGAAGCCGACUGAUCAUAUCUUCCUUGGAGAGAAGGCUGUUUGGUUUGAUGUUCCAAACGAUGGGCUGUCGAGGUUCACGGGUGAUGACGAGGAACCAACUGAGGCAAAAACCUCCUAG